AUGGCCUCCACGUCGGUGCUGGUGGCCCACGAGGAGGCCGCGGCACCCUCCGCGACCUACUCCUAUUGCAGCCGGCCCCGGGCCGUGCCCGCCAGGCGGAGGUACCGCACCUCCCUGGACGCAAUCGAGGCCGACGAGGAUCCAAUUCACUAUGCAAACCUCAUGUACGAGAGAAGAGUGGUCCGUGGCAACACGUACGCCCUUCACGUGUUACCUUGGAGCAGUGAACCUGACCCCCUUGAACUCCAACGGCAGCGAGAAGCCCAACGGAAAGCCCUGGCGAGGAAGCGAGCGAAGGAGCAGCUGCGGACGAGGACGCCCGACCCUUUGGAGGGCCGGCGGCAUGUGGACGUGCAAACAGAACUGUACCUGGAAGAGUUGGCCAACCGCCUCAUCGAGGUCGACGUGGAGUGCCAGACGGAUGCGUUCCUCGACAGGCCCGCGACUCCGCUCUUCGUCCCCGCGAAGACGGGCAGAGACGUGGCCACGCAGAUAUGGGAAGGAGAGCUUUUCGAUUUCGACAUCGAAGUCCGCCCGAUGCUCGAGGUUUUGGUGGGCAAGACGAUCGAGCAGGCGCUGCUGGAGGUCAUGGAGGAAGAGGAGCUGGCGGACCUGCGGGCGCAUCAGCACGUCUACCACGAACUGCGCUACGCGGAGCUCGCGGAGGUGCAGCGCCUGGAGGAGCAGGAGCGGCGGCACCGAGAGGAAAAGGAGCGUCGUAAAAAGCAGCAGAUACAAGUCCUGCAAAAGGAAAAAGAGACCUCGGAGAAGAUCGCUGCCCGUGCCUUUGCUCAGCGGUACCUCUCGGACCUCAUUCCUUCAGUCUUUGGCAGUCUUCGCGACAGCGGCUAUUUCUUUGACCCCGUGGAAAGAGACAUUGAGGCCGGAUUCUUCCCGUGGGUGAUGACCAAGGUGGAAGAGACCAUGGAGACGAAGGUUCUUGGCCGAGUGAUCACUGACAGCAUAAUUCGGGACGUGAUGGAAAUGAGGCUGAAUUGUUUUGAAAAUGGUGAAUUGCCCAAGCGACUGGAAGUCGUCCAAUCUCCCGAGGAGGAAGAUGAGCAGGAGGUCUUCGUCGAGACGGGGCUGGCUGAAAUGUCACCUCAACCGGAAGCCUCGGAGCAACCGGAAGGUCCCGGCCAACCGGACGCCCCACCCCAGCCAGAAGCCUCAGAUCACCCAGAAGCCUCGGGUCGGCGACCGAGUUCGGGGGAACCGGAACCCUCAGAUCAAACGGGAGCCGCAGAUAAGGGCAACGCAGCGGAAGAGCCGGAAUCCAAGCUGCCUGGUGCCCAGUGA